UGUCUCUGCCUGUCUCACUCUCACUGUCUCACUCUCAGUGUCCCUGCCUGCCUCACUCUCACUGUCUUACUCUCACAGUGUCUCUGGCUGUCUUACUCUUUAUCCCUAUCUCAGUCUCACUGAUUCACUUUCACUGUGUCCCUGUCUGUCUCACUCUCUAUCCUGCUCUCUGUCUUACUCUCAUUGUCUCACUCUCACAGUGUCCCUGUCUGUCUCACUCUCUAUCCCUCUCUCAGUCUCACUCUCUCCCUCAGUUUUACUGUCUUUCACUUUCUGUCAAUGUUUCAGUCUGACUUUCUCUUCCUGUUUCACUAGCUCUAUCUCACUUUGUCUCUCUUGCUGUCUCACUCUCUCUUUUACUCUCUUGCUGUCUCUCUCUAAUGACAUGAGACAUGGAUGUAGCUUUUAAAGGACAGUAACCUGGUGCUGAUUCAGACAGGACGCCAGGACGGUCAGGUUCAUCCCUCGGGUUUAUGGAAAGAAGGGCGGGACUGAGCGCCACUUUAUAUAGCGCUACAGCAUUACUAAUGAUGAUUCAGUUCAAACGGUAGUGAUGAAGAUCACCACUAUGAUAAUGAUGAUGAUGAUGAUGGUUUCUCUGUGCAGUGUUAGUGUGUGUCUCACCAUGACGUCAGUCGAGGACGCUGAGGUCUUCAUCCCGCAGCAGGCGCGUGUCGUCACCGUCCCCGUGCGCUCGCUGCCUUCCUCCAUCACUAAGAAAAUGCCCCUGAGUCCCGCUCACUCCGACCAGCCGGCCACCUUCAUCUCCCCGGUGGAGCUGAGGAUAAAAGGGACGACCCUGAAAUCACGACCUUUGACCCCGGGGCAGUUUCUCCUGCCGGUCCUGACCUCUAACUGUGAAGCUUUUAAAAUACUCAGAGAUUUUCUACUGUCAGGUCAGACCUCACUGCAGGUGUCUAAGAGCCCAGGAGCAGGUUCUGCGUUCUGCAGAGGAAGGAACUCCAUCGUUGUGUUUAACAAACAAAUUUUCCUUAUUGUAAGAAAAGCCAAGGAGUCGAAACGAAGCACCGCCCUCUCCGAGUGUGAAGCCCCGCCCCUGAGCUCACCUGUAAAAACGCGGGAUGGAGGAAGUGACAUCAUCGAGGAGCAGAAGGAUGAUGGUGUGAUGGAGUGUGAAGCGCUGGUUGAUGGCAUCACUGACAGGAAGAGGAGUAAAGAUGCAGAGGAUGAUGGGAAACGCGCAGAAGUGUUAAAGGAAAGCGAAGCUGAUGUGACGAAGAACGGGGACGAAAACUACCCCGCUAAAAACCCACUAACAAAGGACGCGAACACCAACACGCCGAGCGCCGAGGAAAAGAUAAUGCAGAUAAAGCUAGAGGAAGAGACAAGCGCUAGCGCACCUUGUGGUGAAGCUCAGAGCUCGCUGGCUAACACUGAAGACUGUGGCGGUGGAGAAGAUCGGAUUACACUGGCCCUCACAGAAAGUUCUACUUUAGAGAGUUCAUUAGCUAAAGCCAAAUAUUGCAAACAUGUAACUUUCUCCAGGGUUCAGAGUCCAUCAGUAACGAGCGAAAAUGAACAUCAAGGUAAAAUUGACUGUAAAGGUCAAAGCAGCGAAUUGGAGAUUCCUCAGGAUAAAACUGAAGCAUCUGUUAGAGCUGCUGAGGUUGUCGAGGUAAACAUCGCUCAUCGAGCUGUUCAGGAAAAUGCCGGAGACACAAAUGAAGACGGAGUGAAAUCUAAACCUUCCAUCAGUAUUCAGGCGAGCAAAGGUCAGAGUUCACACUGCGAACGUGCCGAUGAGACAGUAAACAUAAGCAGCGAGGAUAACGUCGGGUCAGGAGACGCGAAUGCAGUCGGAACAAACGGCAGCAAAGUUAAACAUUUGUUGGAAAUAGUAGAGAGAAUCAAACAAGGAAAUAACAACAGCGUUAACGAUCAGGCCUCAUCGGUCGAAUUAGCGAAAUGUAAAAAUGACGAUAUCGCUGUAGAAACGGGUGCCGAUUGCGACGGCUUAAUCAUUGAGAAAAGUUGUGUGGAAGUCGAAAGCGUAUCAGCGGGAAGUCACAUGGAGGUCAUCGAGUGCAGCGCUAGAGACGAAUCGGAUCGACACACGAGCGGCGAUGAAAGUCAAGUAAACGAGACGGGCGCCGAAACUAAAAGAGAAGGUCCUGUCAGUAUCGUCACAAAUUUGUCAGUUGAAGCCAAAGGCUGCGAAGGUGCCGUUCAGAUCUCGGACACGGCCGACAGUCAUGCUUUACACAAAUGUACAAAUGACGUAAAUCGAGAAAAAAGUUGCGCUGGCGUGAAGUGUCCGAGUCUGACGCUUAAACACUGCGAGGGUGCCAUCGAGAUCGUGGAUGACGUUGAUGAUGAGAACGACACAACCCGUCCAGAGAGUGGAAACAAACUGGGACCUGAGACUCCCGACGGCGCUAAAGGGUGCAAACGGAAGAUUUUCACUAGAACCGUGGAUGAGACGAGUUUAGACGUAGUAGCUGUCGCUCAGAUUAGCGAAAAUAACAUUUCAUCAGCUAAACGAUGUAAACAUGAUGAUGACGAUGACGUGGAGUUCUUGUCUGAGUCUAAACCCGUCAUAAAGCACAAACAUAAAGCUACAAAUCACGAUCAUGAUGUUGUGAUCAUUGAGGACGACGAUAACGAAGAUGAUAAAAUCAACAGAAGCUCAAACAGCACAAAUGAAAUAUCAGUAUCGUCGCUGGAUGAAUGUGAUCUUGAGAUCUUGGACGUGCGAGGAUGUCAAGGAGAUGAUGUUGAACUUCAGAGUAUUUUGGAAAAAAUGAAAAGCCGUAAACGGUGCAUCUCCGAUAGCGAGGACGUUGAAGUUUGCACUGAGAGUCAGAUUAAUAAAACUGAAGAUUCGUCCACAAAACGCUUCAAAACAGAGGACACUACAAACUCGGGCGCAAAAACUGUCGGAAAGAGCGCCGGAGCGAGGGAUCAGGAUGACCAGAUAAACAACAAAACGCCCUCUGAAGCCUGUAUUAGUGAAGCUGAACAACUGUUAACCAGAAACGAUGUGGAGAUCCUGACGACUCGCAACAGCAAUGAGGUGUCAUGUAAAAGCGGAAACGAGCCGAUUAGCGACGGUACAGAUUACAACACAGCUGCUGCAGGCCUGAUCAGUGAAGUGGAGAAUUCUUCUGGUACAAAUAAUGUCAGUAAAACUGCGUCUGAGAUCGAGGACACGCACGAAGCUAACGACGCAAACGGAGUCGAAACAAAUUGUGUUGAAGGUUGUGUUAAAUCCUAUGUCAGCGAGGUUCAAAGUCAAAGUGCCGAACAAGAACAUGUUACGCAUGAACAAAACUCCGACGUAACGAAUGGCGGAGUUUGCGGUGAGUCACACGCUAGCGGGGAUAAGAGCGUGGCCCAGAAUCGAGUUUUUGCUGCGAAAAGUGAUUUUAAAGAACCGAACCGUGAUGGAACAUCUUGCGAUCUCUCUGCUCAUGGAACUAACAAUGAUGCUGCAGCUCAGAAAGAGAAUGAAGAUCUAGAACAAGCUGGCGUCAGGGAAACACCCACUUCGGACGUCACCGCUUCCCGAAGUUGCGUUCCACCUCAGACUGGCAAAUCAUCAGAGACGCGCGAACACCGCAAGAGCGAUCCUGACAGCCAAGCGUCCGGUCCGGAUCAAGACGGCAAGUUAGCAGAGGAACAGUCGGAGGCUCCCAAUCAGAGCGCACGUGCUGAGGAAGUGGGUGUGAUGCCCCGCCCCACGUCUCCUUUCACGGAGCUGAGGCGGGAGGAGAACAUCAGUCGGAUCCGAGCAAAAAUCCGAGGGAUGGAGGAGAAACUCAACAAUCUGAUUAACUCACACCGCUAAACGAGAACGCUCAGGAAACAUUAACGAACAGUGACCUGUAGAAACGUUAGCAUUUAGAGUGGAGCUCGUCCCGCUCGCGAACACAAACUGACCUGAUAUUAUUCAGAGUAUAUACAGUACAUGCACUUUUAUAUAACUGGACGCAAAGCACACGCCUUAUAGUUUUCAUACUUUUGGCAUUGAGGUAAAGGUGGCGGUGCUUAUUAAAACAAACAUUGCAAUAUUUUACUAUUAUACCAGAAAGAAAGUAAAAAUAUACUUUUGCUUUAUUUUUUGUCAGUUAAUUUUGAUGUAACUAUAAAGACGUGAGAAUGUCGAGUCGCCGUUUGAAGUUUAUUCAUAAACACAGAUUGUGAGGUCUUUUUUUGUUCAGUUUAUUUUCUCUGAAUGAUUUGUAAAGGUUUAGGUAUGGGGCGUGUCCCGAGGUCAUGUGACCUGUUAAAUAAACACAGUGCACUUUA